AUGGAGGCAAAGUUGAAAGAAAAUGGAUGGUGGGUACUCAUUUUAAAUUGUUGAAUAUCCAUUCUCCUGCUACAUCUGUUUUCGUUCACAAACAUGCAGCCUUACACUUAGCUUUUUGCCUUGCGCGCUUGGUUUUUUUAUGCUCAUUUAGGCGAGAAAAUAGAGAAGUUGCGGUUUUCUCGUGUGCGCUUCACGCUCAACACAUAACUAGAUCUGCUGCGCAGAUCGCCUUGAAAGCUGUUGUUGUUUCUUUCGAUGAAACGAUUAUUUCGCCUUCCAGGUUUCUUUCCUCCGAAGGGAUUGCAGAGUGUGAAAGGGUUUGCAACAAAGAGAAGCCAUCUUACCAGGAGCUCUCAAAGGCAGCCCUUAAUGUGAGUAUUGGAAGCCCAAAACACGUCGAAGGAAACAAAGAUGUUGGUAGAGAUCUUGUCUUUGCUUUGUUACACGAUUGCUCUCUAAACUGAUCACCUCCUUGCUGUAUUAAUGUAGUCUUUUAAUGGUGCUAGACGGAGUUUACUUGUCACAGAAGAUUUUAGCCACUGCUCAUUAAAUAUGAACAUUUUAAAGUUUAAUGCACUCAUGAAUCGGCUUGUGACGGGACAUCCAGCUAAAUAUUUUGGUUUGUUUCAAUUGAUUUUUUGAUGAAGCGUAUCUCAUCUUUUGCCUAGGUUGUUUUUUCACCACGCGAAACCGUGAAAAUCGUGCCUGGUAUCCUUGAUUUUGCAUUUUUCUCGAAAUCGCCAAUCGAUCCCCAUGGAAAAAAAGUGCAAUGAAUGAAUGUUAGAAUUUCUCACUUGAAAUGGACGUGUGUGUAAUGAUUCUAAACCAUCUGUGGUCGUGAAUAAUUUGUAAAAACUUAAACCACUGAUGUAUGUAUUAUCCUCAAAUCUAGUACAUCAUGUAUUCCACUGAAUUGUUUCCAUAUUUGCUUGGAAUAUCAAGGAUUAUCUGUUAUGUACAUAUGAACACAUCCAAUCUCAUUGUACAUCUCCACCUGUACAUUGGAUGUUAUUACCUUGUGUAAAGCACAGCUGCAAAGGUAUCUUGUUUGCCUAUAGAGUGUCCAUAUUUGUGAGAGUAACCAUGAAAUUAUUUAAGCUUGUGCUGAAAGCUGUAGGUAGUCCAGUAGAUUAACUUGCCUCCAGGAAUGAAAAAUUUUUCUCUCCUAACUCCAUGCCUGCAAAAAUCUCUGACUUCACUAUUUUGCCUUUCACGUUUUUUUAGUCUUAUCAAUGUGAUCACUAUUAUCUAAGUUGUAAGAAAUAUUUUGCACACUGUACAGAUAAUUGAUCUUAAGAUUCAAGAGUGAAAAGAUUCUGUGAAUAAAACAAUGAAUCUGUCAUUCUUUUCAUUAAUCAAUCAGUUUUAUCUUUCCAUUGUAGCUGGACUUGAAACAAUAUGGCAUGAAACAUCUUCCUGAUGACAUCAACCGUGGAAAGGUGGAAUCAGUAAGUUUAUUUUACUGUAAAUUUAAUUAAAAAAUAAAUUUAAUUGCUACUGGCAAGGAUCCUGAAAUCUUGGGAGCUUUAGGUCAACCCUCUGUUUGGCUUGGUCACAUAACUGUUGGUUUUUGGGAGACCAAAGGCUGGGCAGGGUCAAUAACAUUUGGGUUCUUUUUGUGUCUCAGAUUAAAUUCUCCCUAUCAAGUAGGGAGAAAUACAGCAGGCAUGGGUUUAUGACUUUGACUUGUAUAAGUGAUCAGCAUAUAAAUUUUCCCCUCAACUUUGAUAAACUUCCAGGAAGACAUUGAUGAGAAUUAACCCUCUGCUAAUAUAUAAGGGAAUGUGUAUCAGACAGAAGGGAGAACUAGCAAAUCAGAUCAGAUCAAAUCUUAGAAGUUAAAGGGUUAAAGCUACACCAAAUUCACAGGAUUUCUGAGCAGUUGGUGUGAAGUUUUGGCACCUACAUAUCUACAUCAGUAAGAUUGAGUAAAAUUUUGUUUGAAUUUUCAACAGGUCAAUGGGCCUAUGGUCCUUCAAGUGCAAAAGCUACGAAAUGUUUCUGCUCCAAAAGCUAACGAAGACUCAAACCAUUCACCAAGAUUAUUGAAGGUUCAGCUGACAGAUGGCCAUUUGACUUGUAAUGGAUUAGAAAUGGCAUCCAUUCCUAACCUCAGGUACACAAAGAGAGUUGUUGCUUAUUAAAUGAUAAUUUAAGCUUGCACAUGUAAUUUUAUUAACCCUCAAACUCCCAAGAUGUGAUUGUUAAAUCUCUCCUCUAGCUGCUAUUUGUUUCCUUGAAAAUAAGUUAUGAGAAUUUGGUUUUAAAUCAAGAUAACACCAUAAACCUGAUAAGUUUGAAUAUUCUUAUCACCUGUUUGCUGGAUAAUGUUUAGAUAUAAUAGGGAGAAGUUACUUGUUAAUCACUCCUGGGAGUUAAAGGGUUAACAUGUAAUUUACUCUUACAUGAUGCAGUAAAACUGUGAUGGGAAUAGAUAAGUUUAUCAGCUACGGGAUGUUACCUUGAUUUACUAUAAAAUUCUCCCAGCUCAUGUAGAAGGAAAUGCACAGCUUCAUGAAGGGAGAAUUGAGGAUUCAAACAGAUUAUGGAAGGUUUAGUGUUAAGGCUCUUGACCACUACCAGCCCUGGAACUAUUCACAUAUUUCAUACUGUAAACAAUGAAAUUUUUCUCACUGGUAACAGCUUUGUCAGAAAGUUUAUUUAUGUUUGAAAGUUUGACUUGCAUCACAAAAAUGAUCUAGAAUCUAUUAUCCCAGUCCCAUUGUGACAGAGUGGCAGGUCCCUGUUAACCCUUAACUCCCAGAGGUGAUUAACAUGUAGUUUCUCCCUAUAAUAUCCAUACAUUAUUCACAAAAGAGUGAUAAGAAUAGGCAAUAUUAUCAGGUAGAAGUCAUUAUCUUGAUCUUACACCAAAUUUCUCUAACUGAUUUAGAAGGAAAUGUGUAGCAGCUAGAGGAGAGAAUUAACAAUUAGAUCUUGGGAGGUUAAGGGUUAAUUAAGCAGCUAUGAUUUAAGAUCAUCCUUUUGAGUGCAUGGCUGCAAACAGUUUAGUCUUGUCAAAUCAUGUGAGGAAAAUAAUUUCCUACAGCUCUUUUACCAUGGCUGUUUAAGAAAUUUUCUUUUCCAAUGCAAAAUCUUGCCUACAUGAAGCAAGGAGAUAAUAUUUUUUUUUACUUUUUGUAUGCUGCUGUAGGUAUGGAACAUGUAAUUUUAUUAUUUGCUAGAUUGUAAUCAUUAGUUGGUAAAGAGCCACCUAGUUGAAACUUUUUCAAUUAACCAUUAUCAUCAAAUUGAAUAUAAUAAUAAUUAUUAUUAUAAUAAUAUUAUUAUUAUUAUACAUUGAUUUUCACUUGAUUUGAAAAUGAGAUUGCGUGAUGUGAUCAUAUAUUUGUCUUUUGUUCAAACAGCUUAUCAAUUCCUCCUGGAACCAAGGUUUACUUAACAGGCUCCAUUACUGUUCAGGAGAGCUUUCUGAUGCUGGAUGCUAACAACACAAGGGUCUUAGGGGGAGAGGUGGAGAAACUGAAGGAAAAGUGGGAGCUAAAUAAGGUUAGAACUUUCCAUAUGUUAUUAUUCAGAGGUGUCCUUUUUUGGAGUUGUUUUAAGCUUGUUUUUAAUUUGAGGUUGUAUGCCAUUGAUUGCAAGUCUACUAUGAGUCGACCCUUUAACUCCCAAGAUUCCAUUAGUAAUUCUCCUUACUGUCUACCAUACAGUUCUUGUGAUGUUAGUUUGGAGAAUUUGGGAUUGGAUCGACUAAUAAUCCCCUAAUUGAUAUUUUUCUUUUUUUUCAUCACUUGUUUGCUUGAUAUUGUAUUGAUAUUGUAAGGAGAAGUUCUGUCUUGGUCAUUCAUGAGAGUUAAAGGUUUAACAUGAUUUCACAUAAGCUGUAUAUACUGUAGGUUUAUGUUUUGGAAAAAUUAAACUUUGGAUGGAAAAAAUAACAACAUACUGAUAAACGCAAUGUAAAAAUUUACAAAAUUGGAUGACUUAAUCAUUUGAUGAUUUGUUGAGGGUUGCUUCCAUAUAAAAUGUAAAGAUUCUUUGAUCUCAAGUUGGAAACCUCUGGAAGUGUGAUAUCAUGCAGUUAAAGGUGUAAGCAAUCAGGAGAACAGAGAGUGUGACAUUGUUGAGAAUUUUAUAAAUAUUUGAAAUAACUUGGUGCUUGUGUGCAGAUGUGGAAAAAAGAAACAUUUCCAGAAAUAUCUAUAAAUUGCUAUAAUAAUCCUCCUGCCACACUGUGCCUAUCCAAGAUUGUUUUUACUGGCUGGAAGCAAGGGAAGUAGUGUAUGUUACUUGUGGGAUGGGGGCAUCUAGAGAAUCAGGUACAAGGCCAAUAUUGCAAAAAAGUUGUUUGUUAAGGAAGGUUAAAUUUUCUCAUAGAAUUGGACAUAUUUCUUGUGCAAUGUAGCUCCUGUAAAACAGGUUUCUGAAUCAGUUUUUAAGAACCUUUGUCAUUUUCUCCCUUUUUAGACCUUAGCGAAGCAUUCUCGCAUGACUGUGAGUGGAGAUGGGCCUCCUCCAUUUGUUCCUUUCAGUCAAGGAACCCAACCAGGGAUUGAGAACAGAGGAAGAUCAGCAGAGAACACCAAAGGUUGGUUUUUAGUUACAACUCACACUGAUGCUCUCCAGGACUAUAGGGGGGCAUAAAGAUUAUAGAUGAUUUAGCCUGAAACAUUUUUGUUGAGUGCUUCAAUUUAUUUGUUUAUUAAUUAGUAAUAUUAAUGCAGGCUGGUCCAGUUCAGCUGGGUUGAACAGGGACUUGCUAACAACAUGAACAACAACAACAGCAUGAACAACUUUCUCUCUGCAAUCAGAGGUUUUCAUUUGGUUUACUUCAAAUUAUGCUAUAUUUUUAUUGACAUGUGGCACUAAUGGUUUUUGACACCCCUGAACACGAAACUCCAAGGUAAUUGACAAAAGGUUUGAAUUAUCAAGAUUCUCUUUUUUCGCUGUAGUAAAUGGUGUGGUACAAAAUAGCACAGAGAAAUCAAGAAGUGUACAGAGCAAGGAUGGUUCUGGUCCACCCCCAAGAUCCAGAACAACAGAACAUGGACAACAUAACAAGCCUAUCAAUCAAGAACAAAGGGAAGGUACAGCAAAAAAAUUUUCACACAACUCCCGCGAUGAACGAGCAGAGAACAAAAGGCCAAAUACUGAUAAAGCAAAUGAAAAACUCGCAUCCGAAGGUAAAACAAGUUUAAGUAAUCCCAAAGACAAAGAGACAAGAUCUUUUAAUUCAGAACCACACAAUAAUGAAAGAGCCAGGGAAGGAAAUCAAGGAAAUGAUGACAGACAAAACAAUAGAGCAGAUCGCAAUGAGAGGAUGGACAGACCAGUUGCAAGAGGGCAGCCUCUGAGACCACAGGCAAGUUAAAUGAUCAUUGGGAACUGUUUAAAUGCUCUUAAAUGUUUGUCUAGAAUUAUUCUACUUGUGCACCCAACAUUUGACUCAGUGAUAUGGCUUCGUUCUAAAUUAUGAGAGGGUUAGAAUACCCCUCUUUUGGGUGAGAAUGUUAAAAUGUACAGAGAUUUAUAAUGGAAACCAAUUUGGAAGCAUGUGAGAUUUUAUUUGGUUCAUUGUCAAUUUUUGUUUCAAAGAAAGUAAUUUUGAAUCUGAUAGAUGACUGAUUGAGUUGCUCUGAUUUUAUUUUAAUUGAUAUAAAUUAUUAAUUUUAGCUAUUAAAUUUUUUUUUUCCCAAGCAGGAUACUAACAGAGGAGGUACAAGACCACGAGGCCGUGGAGGAAAACGAGAGCCAGCAGGUAAGAGGUUCUUUUGACCCUUUAAGUUGCACUAGUGACCAAGACAGAAUUUCUCCUUACACUAUCAGUACAAUAUCAAGCAGACAAGUAAUGAGAAUAAAGAAAAAUAUCAAUCAGGAGAUUAUUGGUUGAUCCAAAUCCAAAUUCUCCAAACUAACAUCAUAAGAAUUGUAUGGAAGAUAGUAUGGAGAAUUACUGAUGAAAUCCUGUUAUAGGGUUAAUAAUAACCAAUAGAUAGGUCUCGCCAAGUUGGAUGCAACUUACAAGGUAAACAAAUACCCAGAGAGAUACAAACAGAUAUAAAAGGGAGGAAGGGAAGAUGACUUGUUAAUCAUUUCUUUAAGGUUUUAUGGGUCUUUUUAUUGUCACAAAUUGAAAAAAGGAUCUCAUCUCCUUUUCCCUUUUGGCUAAGUUGUGGAUGAAGUGGCAAAUAAGGGGUUGUUGAAGCUGGUAUUAUGAAAGCAAAAUGAAGUUGAUUCUUUUGACCCUUUAACUCGUAAGAGUGACUGGCAUCCAAUUUCUACUUAAAAUAUCACCAUUGAAUCAAACAUUCAGGUCAUGAGAAUAAAGGAAAUGGUCACCAACCAAGGAAAACCUUGAUUGAUAAAUAAAUUCUCCUGGUCAGCAGUUUAGGAAAUGCUUAGAGAAGAGUAUGGAGAAUGUGCAUUCUGAUGUUAGGGUGUAAAGGGUUAAUUGGUAACCUCAUGUAGGGAAGUUGCUGUUUUCCAAUGAUGAUAAAUGAUUUCUUUACCAUUUCUUAAAAGGCAGGGGAAGGCAGGAAAGUGAAGGGACUGAUGAUGUAGAAGACUACAGAGCAAGACAACCCUCUGAGCCAGCAUUGUGGGACUUUCUCUCAACAAAAUUUCCAGCUGUUAAAGGUUUGGAUUUUCACAUAUACCAUUUGCUAGUUAUUGCUACUUAAUGUUAACCCGAUUGAUGUCUGUUAAAAUUGUGAAAAAGGGCCAGAUUUCUUGUCAAACUCACAAAAACAUGAAACAGCUGAAAUACUUAACAAUUUAUAUAAUAAUUUGUUUCAUAAUGUGGUCACUUCUGAUGUGGAUUGCACAUCCUUAUCCAAAGUGAACACAUUGUGAAACAAACCCUUUUAUUUCUCUUUUGAAGUGGUAUUUACCAGGAUGAAUAACCGCAAACUAUUUAACAACAUAAACCUGGAAUGCAUGUAUAUCUGGCUGAGUUCAUUAAGGGUCAAAUUCCAAAAUUCCCUUUGCGUUGUUCAUUGAUGCAAGAAAACCUGUUUGCAAUCUUUACAGUGUUGCAAUACAGUGAUAUUUGUAACCUGAUGUAUCUCUGUAAGGGCAGUUCCCACUGCAUCAUGUACACUUUGAAGCUGGUGCCCAAGCCUGUCAUGGUCUAUGUCAGUUCUUAGCAAGACCUUUCUGUUCCACAUUCACAAUGUAAUUAUAUUCAAAUCAUAUUUAGACCUAUUUUGAACGUGUUCAAACAACCAAAAUACCUGGUCUCUUAAACUUAGUUUUAUUUCUUUGGACAGUUUCAAAUCUUUUGGCUUAGUAUUCCAUUUUGUUCCCACAGAAAAAAUUAAAUACAGACAUGUUGUCUACUUUAAUGGAGAGGUGUAAGUUGCAGUUGAUAAACUUCUUGGAGAUAGGCUGGAGUUGUUCAAAAAAAUGUCAAACAACAUUAUUUCACCAAGCAUGAUGCUGAUAAAAAAAUUUUUGAAAAGAUCACAACAUUGAAUAUAUUUGCUAUUUUUUAUGUUGUGCUAGCAAUAUUUUUGGCACCAAAGUGUGGAGGGGGGGGGUCUCUGUCACUUAUGGUGUUAAUUUAAAUUAAUAAUAAAAUUUAAAUUAAUUUUGAUUAAUGAUUUCCCCCUGUUAUGCAUCACAAGCCUAAAAUAAAAUUGUAUUCAUUGCUGUGUUAACCCUUUCAACCCUUAGAGGGAUUAACAUCUAAUUUCUCCUUACAAUAAUACCCCCCAAAUCACUCAUAAAGGUCACAAGAAUAAAGGAAAUGAUCACCAACUAAAGAAGCCCUUGAUUUUCAAACAAAUUCUCCUCAUCAGCAUCUUAAGAAAUGUAUGAUGAACAAUAUGGAGUAUAUGCAUUCUGAUAUUAGGGUGUAAAGGGUUAAAACUUUUGUAGUUUUAUCCAGUGACCUAAUGGCUGGUGAAAGUGUCUAGUAAGGUUGCUGUGCUUUCAGAAAAAGCAGAUGAAUAGAAAGUGAGUCAUCACAAGCACUCUGAGGGUUUUGUUUCUCCUGAUAUUUUAUUUCAAACUCUUGCUUACAGAUUCUAAGAAUCAAAGGCCACAAAAAUAUAAUGAAAGCCAGAAAACAAAUGAAGUUCACCACGAAAGACCUCCUCCAAGACCACCACCCAAACAAGAAAAUGAUACAGAAAAGCCUAAGCAACAGAACCAAGAUACAAAAGCUGAGAAAGGGGAGAAUGUUCCCCCUACAAGCAAAGAGCAAACUGAUGUACAACAUGAAUAUACAACCCCUAGAGAGAUUGAGAAAUCAAAGCAAGAAUCUUCACCCCAGAGCAGAGAUGGAAGACAACAGUCCAGGCAGCAACGCGAACCUCACUACAAGCAACAGCAGAAUCCUGGGCAGGUUAAAGGAGGAAAAGGUUCUAGAAGGCAUGAUCAUGAUUCUAGGCCAUACAACCAAAGUUUACCACCACGACUGCAAAAGAAACAACAGCAACAACAACAGCAACGGCAACAGCAACAACAACAGCAUCAUCAUCAUCAUCAACAUUAUCAGCAACAUGGUCACAAACAUGAGACAGAGGUGAAUAGUGAUGGUGUUGAAGCUGAGUAUACAGCUGCAGGGAGCCCACCUUCUGUUGCACAGGAAGAUGAUGCAAUUGUAAGGUUUAGUGCAUCAACUAUUAACCCUGAAUUUGUAGAGGACCCUCCAAGUCACCAUCAACAAACAGUUCAGUUUCGUGACCAGCAGGGUGGUUCAUACACUGGUCAGCCAUAUACUGGACAAGGCAAAUGGCAAAAAAACUAUCGCCAAGGAUCAGACCAGUUUAGACCACCAAAUUUUACCCCUCCAAAUGUACAACAACAACAACAGCAGCACAUUGAGUUUGUUACUAUGGCAUUGGAGUCGCAGCGAGUACAGGCACAGUUUGUCGUCAAUCAACCUCAACAGUUUGUGGAGCAGGGUGGAAGGGAACAGGCUGAGAUUGGUGUACCACAGGAAUACCAGUAUACACAGCAGGCCCAACCCCCAGUCCAGGCAUAUCCUGUGUACCAGGUGCGACCAGCUCAGAUGACUCAUCAGCCAAUGGCACCUCAGCCAGCCAUGCCACAGCAGCCAGUAGCUACACAAAUGCCAGUGCAACAGGUAAUGGUCAAUUUGUGGAGUGCCUUGAUAUUUUCUUGCAUAAACUCUUCAUACCUUGGAUUCAAACUUGGCUGUUAAAGACAAAAUUUUAGUAGUUAUUAUCACGAAGUUUAUAAUCUGCAAUUUGUUACAAAAGAAAACAAUAAAGCAUUGAUUGUAUUGCACAAAAAAGAUAUCUCACUAAGCAUUUUUUGAUAGCAAGAAUGAAGCUUGGUAUGUGAUUGCUAAUUAAAAUUAAUUGGAAACUUAAACUAAAAGUUACCAGUAAGUCACCAAAAUCUUUUCUUGCUGUAAUGGCCAACAAACCUGUUUUGGUUUGUAGUGCUGCUGUCAAGCCUACUCUGUCAUAGAAAAUAACAAUACUACUCAUAGAGGAUAAAAAAAAUACUGUUCUGUUCUUCUUGAUCAAAGAGUGUCAGGAAUGGUUCUUUUGAAUUAAUGAACUCCUCGUUAUUUUUUUUUUUUUUCAGGUGGGCUGGAAAAAGGGUGACCACUGUUUGGCUCUUUGGAGAGAUGGACAGGUAGUGUCAGAAACUCAAGGCUUAUCUUAUUAUUAUGCCCAGGUGGCUCUGCUCAUUGAUGCAUUUUUAUAGGAUGAAUUAACUCCACAUAUAUUCUGUAGCACUCAUCCCAAAGUAUUUGCCUCACUUCCUUAUCUUAAAUGGGCUAUUGUGACCCUAGGGUGUGGCCAAGAGAGUAAAUAUUUUGAACUUCUCAUCUUUUGGCAAGAUAAAGUGAUAAUCCACAAUUAUAAAUUGUAAAUUAAAAAAAAAAAAAAGAAAACUGGCAUGUUCUUAUGUUGGAAACUGAAUGAUAUGUUAAUUCAUUUUAAUUUGAUUGACAUUAAUUUAAGAAGUGAUUUCAUUUGUCUAUUACAUAACCAAUCAAACAUGUAUGACAUGUUUGUUUACCUUUUCAAAACUUAAAACAGAUGUGUGUAAGGUGCUAGCACAGAAUUCCCAUACAACAAAAUCAAUCCUGAAUGUCCUGUGGCCAUGAAUAAUUAUAUACUAACAAAUCACUCUAUAUUCUCCAGUAUUACAGUGCCAAGAUGGAGGAACUGACGGGUGAUGGCCUCAAUUGUAUGGUCUCCUUCUUGGAUUUCAACAAUAUUUGUGAUUAUGUACCUCUCUCGUCUUUAAGGCCUUUUCCAAUAAUUGCCUGGGUAUGUAAAAAAUUAUCUGAUUGAUUGACCCGCAAAGAGAACUAUUCCAUCCUGCUAAUAGAUUUAUCCUGUUCUAUCCUGAUCACCUUUAUGUAAGAUUAUGUAUUAAUAAUGUCAAAUGAAGUUGUAUUCUAAUCACCUCUUGAGGUAAAAACGGUUACUACAAUCUAUUAAUUAAAGUUAGUACUUGCUUUGUAACUUACCAUUAACCUUUAACUCCCAAGAUCUGAUUGUUAAUUCUCCCCUCUAGCUGCUACACAUUUCCUUGUUAAUUAGUUAUGAGAAAUGAAUUUAAGAGAUCCUCGCAGCUAAGAACACUACUGAACUAGUAGUUGAAAAUAGGACCUGGAAAAAAUUCAGGUCUAUACGGGAGUUGAACUCAUGACUUCUGUGAUACCGGUGCAGCGCUCUACCAACUGAGCUAACAAGUCAACUGGGAGCUGGUCAAUGUGUUGGGUCCAAAUAAACCAUUCAAGUGAUGAAUAAUGAUUUUAGAUAUAUAAAAUUCAUAUAUUUGCACCGCGGUGAAGAAACGAAUUUAAGAGAUCCUUGCAGCUAAGAAAACUAUUGAACUAGUAGUUGAAAAUAGGAUCUGUAAAAAAUUGGGUUCAAAUCCCAUACAGGCCAAAAAAUUUUUUUCAGUAUAUCUUGGUAAUAUUAAUUGUUUCCAUUACAAAUCCAGUGUCAGUAAUUUUGAUUCCUUUUUUUCUCUUUUUCAGGGAGAGAAUAGUAAUACACAGCCUCCGCCUGCAGGUGCUGUUGCCACAGUGCCAUAUUACACACAGGGGGCACCAGUUGGCAUAGUGACCAGACCCCAGGUAAUGAUCCCUGUGUCUGGACAGUCUCCUUUCCAUGCUGGUACUCGACCUACCAUUGUUCAUUCUACCCAAGUCCCUGCUCAGGUACAGUGGCAGCCAGCUCAGGUUCAGUACCAAGAGGUCAGACAAGCAGCUUUCCAGCCAGUCAUGCAUUAUGGGGCUGUGCCGCAGUCAACUACAGGGAGCCCCGCUCCAGCAGCUUAUGGUGUACCCACAGCAACUGGGGUACAUUUUGUCAGGGGUGUGAAGGAUGCCCAAGGUCAAGGUUAGUACAUGGUUUUCAUUUGCUUCUUUCUUUUACUCUCUUGACCUAAAUGUGUGAUUCACAGACAAUGAUGUCAGGAAAAAUUUGAUGCUAGUCUCUUUUGGAGGUCAAAUAGUUGAGAUAACAGUGGUGAGAUAUCACACCUUUACUGUGUGUGGCUGGUUCAGGAAAGAAAGUGCCCUGUGUGGCAAAGAGUUCUUGAUAUUCAUCACGUGUUCCUGAGGCUGAUGUUGACUUUCUCAUCAUUUUCUCCAGAUGUGUACAGCAACACUCCAGAGGCAGGCAGAGGAAGAUCAAGUCCAAACUCAGGUGGUUAUUCCAAAUCAAGACGACCAAACAGAGCUACACAAAAUUACUAUGUACCACCCAGACAACAGAAGUUCAAGGAUAAAGGGUAGUCAUAGAUUGAAAUGUUAAAAGAAAUUACUUUCAGCACUGUCUGUUUGAAGUAGAUAAUGUCAUCCAGUGGAUACAUUUCCACUUAGUGAAUAGCUUAUCUUUACUGACUGGGAAUGUAUUCCUUGAAUAACAUUUUCCACUGUUCAAACAACUGGGCAUGUAAAAAUAAUCUCUAAUAUGAAAAUUUAAUUAAUAUGUAGUAAAAUAUAACAACUUUUUUUUUGACAUGGAAGAUGUGGUUAAUGUAGUUGAUGUGCAUACCAUGUGUAUUUUAAGGAAUAGUCUUUGUUUUAAACAGCUAUGUGAAAAUUUAUCUGGUAGGAAGGGGGUAAUUAUGAGGCACUUUAGAGCAUGAUUCUCUUCUCAGCCAUUAAAAUUAGAAAAUCUUAUUAGCAAAAGGAGUGAAACAAGAUGUAGAUUUUAUUUUAACCUGUGCUUUUGGCAGUAGUGAGAUUUUGUUAAUUACAUAAAACUACCUCUGUGCUAAAAGUGCUUAAAAAUAUUAACUUUAUAUUGCAGUGAAUUGAUUAUUAGAAGAAUUGAUAGAAGUAGGCAAACCAUCUAGUGAAUUUUGAAAUGUGAUUUUGAGCUGUAGCCUUUUUCUUUAACUAUAGCCUCAAUCCUUGUGUUGAAAUGCCACCCAAAAAUUGGGUCCUUCACUUAGGCUAACUGGUAAAAUUUCCCCCAAAAAAGGGGUUUACAAAGGAGUUUAAAGUUUUUUUCUGUUGUUCAAUCUGCUCCAUUUGGCUUUUUACCUUUAUUAAUCAAUUCCUUACAGAACUGCCGUUCAGUUGUGUAAGAGGACUUCUUUAACCCUUGAACUCCCAAGAUCUGAUUGUUAAUUCUCCCCUCCAGCAGCUGCACAUUUCUUUUUAAAUUAUUUAGAAGAAUUUAGUGCCAGAUCAAGACAACUUCUACUUUAUAACUUUGAAUAUUCUCAUUACCUGUUUGCUGGAUACUGUAUGGAUAUUAAAGGGAGAAUUUACAUGUUAACAGCUUCUGGGAGUUAAAGGGUUAAAAAAAAAAAAAAGAGUAAAAAAAGGCAAGAUCUUUGUUUCUCAUGAAGUUUACAUGUAAGUAACCUAGUAUUCCAGGCUUGGGAACAGACAUAUCAAAUGAAGGCUUUUUGCUGUGACAUGGGGCUAAAUUAAGAGAAAAACUAACAUUUUUUAUGAGAUGACAAGAGAAUGUUUUGGAUGGCCAAGCAAUGGAUUGAUUUCCUUGUUUGCCAACGAGAAAGAAAUACCUAUUUAUGGGGUUUAGCAAAAGUACAUUAUUUUUUAUUUCAAAAAUUCUAUACUUAAGUUUCUGCAAAAUUGAUAAUCAAACUAGUGAACUUUGCAAUUUCACACAAGUGAAGUCUCUGUUUUUCAUUAUGGCCUAUCAAUUUUCAGGGAAAAAAAUGGGAGGGAGAAAAUUAUUUUGAAAUGUAUAUUACUAUGAUUGGAAAUUUUAUUCGAAAGAUGACUUGGGAUGAAGCAAGGUCAGCAUUGGUGGAAACUUGCUCAGAUGUACUGUUGUGUUGGUAAUGUUCUUAAUUCUUGACUAUUCUCCCCAACAAAGUUAACAAUUUGACUUUUGUGGUUUACCAAAUCACCAGGUAACUGUGCUUCUGCAUAUUGCUUGAGCAAUAAACUUUCAGUAUUGUACAAACCAGCCUUAUAUCCUGAGCAUAGCAAUGUUACUUUUUUAUUAUUAUGGCAGGGAGUUUCUAGUUCUAUCGAAUGUGAUGUGUUGAAUGUGGUAAAUUUUAGGUUUAUUAGGUGUAUGCCUGAACCUUAAUAAUCUGAUCACCAAAAUGUUGACCGAUGUUGUUACUGGAAAUGUUUGGUUGAGAGGUGUAGAUAGUCUGUAGUAAUGAAUGUUUUUGGGAGAGCAAGUUUGUGUUGUAAGCUUGCAGUUAAUGGAGCUGCCAUCUUGGUGGAGAAAAAUGGCAUUGCAAAUAUUGUACCUGUUUAAGGGCCUUGGUCAGUGGAGAUGAGCAAUAGGUGGGUUGAGCUAAACCAAGAGCAACUUAGCCUUCUUGCAUGCUCUCCAAACCUCACAAGUGCUUCAUAUUUUUAUCAAUGCACAGCUGACACAGGAACCAAUAGUUUUGUAACAAUUUCAACAUGGUGUGUUAAAUGUUUGGUGAACAGAAGUUCUCUCUGUGUAGCAUAUUAUUUGUAGUCAUAAUGGUCCAUGGUGGAAAUAUGAAGCAAGUUUGUGCGAUUGAAUUUUUUAACACAAAUUUACAAGCUGUAUUGAAAUUUUGUUCCCUCAUCCAGCCCUCUUUUCCUAUGCAGGCCAUUUUGCUCAUUUACAGUGACCAAGAGAGUGUCACAGGGUACCUGAAAUUUUGCAAAGAAAUUGCAAGAGUUUGUGUGCUAAGAAUGUUUUUGUACUGCAGGCUAAAAUCCCCUCUUGAAAUUUGGUUGUGGAAAGAAGUUUUUUUCCUAUUAUAGUACUAAUAAGAAAAAUUAGCUUUUCCUAGUCUUAAAAUUAUGUCCAGUUAUUUCACUUAUCAGCUUGUGGUUUACUGUAGUCCCAAAUUUAUCAAUUAAAAUAAUUUUUGAGUUUUAAUUUUUUCUAAAUAACAUAUUGUAACUAAAUUUGCUUCUGUGUUGUGUCAAGGCUGCUGGGUCUUGGUGUUACACAAUUCAUUUUCUAGUAUUUAUAUUUAUUGAUGGAGAAAUGGUAGGACAUUUCUCUAUUUGUUGCAUAUUAUAAAAUAAUGUGAUUGAAAAACUCAAUGAAAUUGGUCACCAUCUUAGACACUGUUAGUAAUGGAGUAACAAAGGUUAUCAAGAAUUUACAAUGUACUGUAAAAUGUGAACUGCAAUUAGUAGAUAUUGUUCUGAUCAAAUCUGAAAAUCUGUGAUAUUUUUACUGUUGUGCGCAUUUUAUUAAACUAUAAACUAAUGAAGGAAAAUCUAUUUGUGAUUUUGAUGUUAUUAGGUAAAUACUUUUUUUUUUCUGUACUUGCCAUUUGUAAGCCACUAAACAGUGAUUUUUCUUUUACUUGUAAAUUUCUCAACAAUAGAAGCCAAUGGCUUGAAUAUUUGCUCAAGGUAUGUAGGUGCCUGUAGUAGGUAUGUUUUUAUCAUUUGCGCCAACUUAUGUUCUAUUCGUGCUUCUUAACUAACUUUAUUUCAGUUAUGUUGCUACUUGGCAAUAAAAUUGAAUAAAGACAAAAACAAGAAAAGUUCAUACCUGAUUGAAACAAUUCUCUACAACUCAUGCCCAACCCAAAAUUUUCUUUUCUGUUUAUUCCACAGGAGUUAAAGAACAUACACUUCAGGAACCAGAAUUUUAUCAAUGAUUAUUAACCCUUUGACCCCUACAAGUGAUUGGCAUGUAAUUUCUCCUUACAAUAUCACCCCUGAAUCACACAUUAAGGUAAUGAGAAUAAAGGAAAUGAUCACCAACUAAAGAAGCUCUUGAUUGUUAAACAAAUUCUCCUUGUCAGUAUCAUAGGAAAUGUAUAGAGAACAGUAUGGAGAAAUUGUAUACUGAUGUUGGGGUGUAAAGGGUUAACAAUGAAGUUAUUGUCAGAGUUAUGGAACUGUUUUGAACUUCUUUCCAGAAAUUCAACCUUAGAAUGAUACCCACAUCCUCAAUGAUUUCUACAGUAUAUGUGCUUAAAGAUAUAGAAUGGACUGUUUCUUGAAGCAAACAGCUUUUAUGAGGAAAAACAUAGGGUUUGGGGAACAGCUAACAUCCAAUCCUAACUUAAAAUUGGAGGUCCUUUUGGUAAACCUGAAACUUGAAGCUUGAAGUUUACAUCAACCGCAAUCUUAGACAGCACUGUAAUUUUUUACAAUGAUAUUACCAAUUGAGAAGUUCACCCCACAACUCUGUUCUCCAACUAUCUACCCUCAGAUAAUCAGGAAAAACUACAGGGUAAGAGGAAAAAAAUCAACAACAACAAAACAAACUGUUGUGGAUAGACCAUUGUUCUGAUAAAACAAUGGGAAGUUGAACUGUGCAUUUUUGCAGCGAUGUGAUGAAAACAU